AUGGCAGCGAACUCAGCUACCAAGUGGUUGUUUUCUUUCUGCCUAGUUUUGUUAAUAAGUCUCCAGUUGAUACAGUGCAAUGUUACUUAUGACAAGAAGGCACUCAUCAUUAAUGGACAGAGGAGAAUUCUCUUAUCUGGUUCCAUUCACUAUCCUAGAAGCAACCCUGAGAUGUGGGAAGGUCUUAUACAGAAGGCUAAAGAUGGUGGUUUGGAUGUUAUAGACACUUAUGUCUUUUGGAACCUUCAUGAGCCUUCUCCUGGCAAUUAUAAUUUUGAGGGGAGAUAUAAUUUGGUUAGGUUCAUCAAGUUGGUCCACCAAGCUGGACUUUACGUGCAUCUUCGGAUUGGACCAUAUAUAUGUGCAGAAUGGAACUUUGGAGGGUUUCCUGUUUGGUUGAAGUAUGUUCCAGGGAUAAGCUUUAGGACAGAUAAUGAGCCUUUCAAGCUGGCAAUGCAAAAAUUCACCCAAAAAAUAGUCCAAAUGAUGAAGGAUGAAAAGUUGUUUGAGUCUCAAGGUGGCCCAAUAAUCCUCUCUCAGAUUGAAAAUGAGUAUGAGCCUGAAAGCAACGCGUUUGGAGCUCCUGGUCAUGCAUACAUGACUUGGGCAGCACAUAUGGCUAUUUCAAUGGAUACUGGGGUUCCGUGGGUUAUGUGCAAGGAGUUUGAUGCUCCAGACCCCGUGAUAAACACCUGCAAUGGUUUUUACUGUGAUUAUUUCUCUCCAAAUAAACCUUACAAACCUGCCUUGUGGACUGAGGCAUGGACUGGCUGGUUCACGGACUUUGGUGGUCCAAACCACCAGCGCCCGGCUGCAGAUUUAGCAUUUGCAGUUGCUCGGUUCAUUCAGAAGGGAGGCUCUUUGGUUAACUACUACAUGUAUCAUGGAGGAACCAACUUUGGAAGAACUUCUGGAGGCCCUUUCAUCACCACCAGCUAUGACUAUGAUGCGCCAAUCGAUGAAUACGGAUUGAUCAGGCAACCUAAGUAUGGUCACUUGAAGGAUCUCCAUAAGGCUAUUAAACUAUGUGAAAAAGCUUUGCUUGCCGCUGAUCCUACUGUCACGUCCUUGGGAAGUUAUGAACAGGCACAUGUAUUUUCUUCUGAUUCUGGAGGCUGUGCAGCUUUUCUGUCAAACUACAACACUAAGAAAACUGCAAGGGUAAAAUUCAAUAACAUCCAGUACAACCUGCCACCUUGGUCUAUCAGCAUCCUUUCAGAUUGCAAAAAUGUUGUUUUCAACACUGCAGAAAUUGGAAUUCAAACAUCCCAAGUGCAUAUGUUGCCUACAGAUUCUGAAUUUCUCUCAUUGGAAACCUUCAAUGAAGGCGUAUCAUCAGUCGAUGAUGAUAAAAUGAUCACAGUUACUGGCCUCCUGGAACAAUUAAAUAUCACCAGAGAUACAAGCGAUUACCUGUGGUAUACAACAAGUGUUCAUAUAAGUUCUUCUGAGUCAUUUCUACGUGGAGGUCGACUUCCCAUUCUGACAGUGCAGUCCGCAGGGCAUGCAUUGCAUGUUUUUAUCAACGGAGAACUUUCAGGUUCUGCACAUGGGACUAGAGAACAAAGGAGAUUCACUUUCACAGAAAAUGUGAAAUUCCAUGCUGGGAAAAAUAGAAUUUCACUUCUCAGUGUAGCUGUUGGACUGCCUAAUAAUGGUCCCCGUUUUGAGACAUGGAACACUGGAAUCUUGGGGCCAGUUAUUCUCCAUGGCCUAGAUGGAGGGCAGAAGGACUUGACCUGGCAGAAAUGGUCAUACAAGGUUGGGCUUAAAGGAGAAGAUAUGAGUCUAGAAUCUCCAAAUUCCAUUUCAUCAGUUGAUUGGAUUAGAGGGUCCUUGGUAGCUGGGAAACAACAACCGUUGACAUGGUAUAAGGCCUAUUUUGAAACACCGAAAGGUGAUGAUCCCUUGGCUUUGGACAUGGGCAGUAUGGGUAAGGGUCAAGUGUGGAUCAAUGGGCAUAGCAUUGGAAGAUAUUGGACCGUUUACGCUAAAGGAAAUUGCACUGGCUGCAGCUAUUCAGCUACAUUCCGGCCUGCAAGGUGCCAACUAGGCUGUGGCCAGCCAACUCAAAAAUGGUACCACGUUCCCAGGUCAUGGUUGAAGUCAGCUCGAAAUUUGUUGGUAGUGUUUGAAGAAAUUGGAGGUGAUGCAUCAAAAAUUUCUCUUGUAAAACGACUAGUUGACAAGUGA